UGCGCAGAUACCGCGAAGUUUGCAGACGACACCUUGCUGCAAUGGCCAAACAGAACGGUGCCUUGCACAAAAUCUAUAAUCCAAAUGUAGCGCAUAUAUUAAAUCCCUCUACUCUCAAGCACCUGGCUCGAGAAUGGCUAAAAGAGGAUACACCAAGUUUCGACUUCGCUGGAUUUGUGGUAGGUGAGCGCGAAGAGACGGCAGUGAUCUUGAUCAAAAGCGCAGGUGUGCUUGCUGGUUGUCCAUUUGUCGAUGCCAUAUUUCAAGAACUUGACUGUCAGGUAACGUGGUUACAACAAGAAGGAAUUUGGAUUGAACCCACAAAAGUCGUCGCUAAGGUGACAGGAAAAGUUAGACAUUUGCUUCUAGGAGAACGGGUUGCAUUAAAUUGUUUAUGUAGAGCUAGUGGUAUCGCAACAUACGCACGAAAGCUGCUUGAGAUAGCAGAGAAAUGCAACUGGAAAGGAGAAAUUGCCGGUACUCGGAAGACAACUCCUGGGUUUCGCAUGGUGGAGAAGUAUGCUCUUCUUGUUGGGGGUGUGUCUACACAUCGCUAUGACUUGUCUUCGAUGAUAAUGCUGAAAGAUAACCACAUAUGGACUGCAGGCAGCGUUGCACAAGCUGUCAGAGAUGUGCGUAUUGUUGGAGGAUUUUCUACAAAGAUUGAAGUUGAAUGUCGCAGUGUUAAAGAGGCAGUAGAAGCUGUUGAAGCAGGCAGUGAUGUCAUCAUGCUGGAUAACUUUUCACCUGAGGCUUUAAGCAAGGGAGCAUCAGAGUUGAAAAAACAGUUUCCCCAUGUGAUCAUUGAGGCCAGUGGUGGGAUUACAGAAGACAACCUUGUGCAAUACUGCAUCUUGGAUGUGGAUGUUAUUUCAAUUAGCCGGCUUGUCCAGGGCUACUCUAUUGUGGAUCUUUCCAUGAAAAUACAGAAGCCUGGCAAAGAUCCCGAAAAUCCUACUGUUGUGUUAUAACCACAUCUACAUGCAAUCUUUUAUCAUAAAUUGUGUGUUUUUAUUCAUAGUUUUUAUCAAAUACUCGCCAGUUCUAGUGGCUGGGUAAAUGGAAUUUUAAAACAAUAUUAUGGUCCUUUCUGUUACAGCAGAAAAGACCUUAUAAUGGGUUAGAAAAACUAUUAAUUUUGGCCAGUUUGUUCCUCCAAAAGCAUGUUGUCAUAAACAGAAUGCCUUUACACAUUUUGCUUUAGCCAGAUUUGAGAAAAUAUAUAUUCAGUUUGUUUUCUUCUAAACUUUUAUUUCACAUUGGACACUUCCUUUCAAAACUAAUUUAACUGUUUAGCGAUUAUAUUAUUAGGAAAAACCAUUAUUUCACAAAAUAAAAAAUAUAUAUAUUUAGUGUAGUUCUUUUCUUGGUAAUAGCUAGGUUUUAUAUGCCUUUUUUACAAGUAACGUUUGAACCACAUCUGUGAUUGUCAAAUCAUUUGUCAAACAUUCGAUAAGUCAGGGUUUUCAUCUGUUAUUUUAUGGCUUUUAAAAAUCAUGUAUGAAGGGCCACCUUUAUGGAUGCUUCAAGUGGUUCAUUUUCCAUACAAAUAAUGCAAGUAGCUCCCCUCCACCUCCACCAUACACAGACACACGCUCUCUCUCCUUGCUGAAGUAAGAUAACAUAAGUAUAUAUUUUGGAUGAACCAUGUGACAUACUUUUCAGUAGACAUUUUUUCAGUAUUUUAAUAUAAAAUAAUAUAAUAAAUAUCUAUUCAGGUGACAA